GGGCGGAGUUAGACAAUUUCAAAUUUACAUUUCCCGCCGUGCUCUGCUAUCCGGAGUUUGGUGUGUUUUCUAGCCGGUGGAUCAAUCAAUGUUGCUGCAUCGUUGGAGAGUAGAUGCGAACUGGAAAUGGAGGCACAAGAAGGUAGGCAACAAAGAAGAACACUAGGAAGACAAGACCUUGGCGUUGAGCACCUAAAAGAGGCCAUUACGUACUUUAAAAGUGUUGACAGGAUUAUCUCCUCGAAGGACAGCACACUCUGUAAGCACCUUUCUGCAGUAGAAGUUGUUGGCCCGCAGAAUGGAAUUUCACCAGAUGGCAUCGAAAUUUUGCUUGAUAUUGCUCUAAGUGGCAAGCUUGCUGAGGCAGUCAAUACACGACUGCUGAAGAGUCUGCUUCCUGCUAGUGAAGUCUUACCAAGUAGUAUUGUUAAGGGUGUAUCCCUGCUGUGUGUUGGGAAAUGUACAUCCAAUAUUCAGGUCUUGUUCAUUCGUUGGCUUAUUACAGUGUUUGAUCUUAUUCCAUGUAAGGAUGUGCUUUCUUCCCUCUACAACUUUUUCUUUUUCUUUCUACAAGACGACAAGUUGUGUCCCUUUCUCUGUCACCUGUUGUAUCUUCUCACUAGAAAGGAUCAUGUACGACCUUUCAGAGUCCGGAAACUUUUGGACCUGCAGAGCAAGAAGGGAGCAUACCCACCUCUUCUUGGUCUCCUGUCCAUAUACAAAAUAUUUUGCCCAGAAAUGGUUUCAUUCAGUAUGCCAAGUAGAUUUAAGAAUUGUUUCAAGGGCAAUCAUUACCUGUGGACUUCAGAAAUGAGGGCAGUGAUCAAGAGGAAUGCAGGAGAUCCCACUGUGGAUAACAAACUGAAUCUAGGUGACAGGCGCCCAACAACAAAUUCACGAAAAAGGAAAUGGAACCGUGAUCUCUCGCCUUCAGUAUGUAGCAAUAUGUGGAAGUCAGUUCCCGGCACUAUUGACCAUGUUAUGUCUUCUAAUGAGACGUUUCCAUUAGAGAAACUGCAAACCUUUCCACAGCUACUGGAGAACAUCCACCGGCUUGAGCUCCCUGCUCGAAUGGGUUCAGUGUUAAAAAGUCCCCUCUUGCUUCACUACGUCAACUGCAUCAAAGAUGACACGCCAUUCUUACGAUUAAACUACUGGCUGGCAUUCACACUACAUGAAGAAUGUGCUUGGUACACAGGAAAGCCCCAUAAUAAGGAAGAUGUGGAAGAUUUUCUAGAGACCGUUAUUGACACUCAGCAAUUUCUGCAGGAGGGUCUAUCAAGCAGCGAGGAAUUCAUUUAUAAAUCUCUUCCACACUGGAAUGGUUGCCACCGUGCUCAUAUCCUUAAACUCAUCAGCUGGAUUCCAGUUAACUCAUCCGCAGAGUCAGAAGCAUUGCUUUAUGAACCACUAGCUUUGCUAUUUGCUACAUCCUCCUUGUAUUUCCAAUGUGGCAUACUUGAAAGUUUGAAGGGGUUGUUGCAAAAUUGGCUCAUCUGGCAUUCAGUUUAUGCAGAAAAAAGAAAUACAGAUCACACAAACAAAAACACCACCAUGUCUGGCUUUCUGACCUCCGUCGAAGAACUGAUACAGUUUACUGGACGUUUGGCCACUCUGGCCCUCCAAAUGCAGAACAGCUCGCUCCUUCUACAUUUUAUUCUGGACUUCUAUGAGAUAGUCUGUGAUAUGUACGUGCGUUUUGAAUUGCCCCUCGUUGUCCUUCCACCACCAGGGGUGUUCUACCCUGCUUUGCUGAGUACUGAUUCUGUGAACCUUGACCAGCUUUGUUACAUCAUGUACAGAUACAGGAACAACUUGGUGACUGUGAAAGAUAAUGAGCUCAAUAAAAGGGAUAAGAUCUAUCUGAAUAUCAGCAAUCGUACAUUCCAGGAAUAUAACCAGUAUUUAACAGCAAUGGUAGGCUGCCUUUGGACAUCCCAAGCCUUUCGCCAAGAUACACAUCCUCAAGGUAUUCAGCUAGAACCCGAUUUGCUUUACCAUACUGGUGUUCAGUCCUUCAAGAAAUCCUUCAACAUAGUCUUCCACCCAGCACUCAUUGGCUACUCUUCCAGCUUCUUGUGCCAGAGCUAUCCAGAACACAGAAUGUUUCAACUCGGUCUCAUAAAGGGUAACAAUUGGAAUAAAUAUUUGGAUUUUCUAUACAGCGAAGGAAUGAAUGGCCUUAAACUUUUUAUUGAGAGUAGUGUGAACCGUGUGUCCAGUAACACCAAGCAACAGGAACCUAAUGAUUCAACAUCUGAGACUUGACAACUUCGAAUCCUGUAAAUAAAUGUUCCAUACGUUUCACAACCAGAAUAUGGAGUUACGCUCACAGUGACAUUACUUUAGAUCACUUCACACGCUGCAUUAAACAUCGAAGACGGCAAUCAUGUUUGUCAAGGAAGCUUCAGUUACUCAUAUAAGUUCCAUCACUGCUUCAGCAUAUAUAGAUACAAUUAGAACCCAUUUACUGAUUAGUUCGAAAGAUAUUUGAAAAACUCUCACAUUAGCCUGGGUUUGACACUCUAGUUGUUAUGACCAACAUCUCCACUGAUGCGUUGCCUACUCCGGUAUUAGCCUUUUACGAUUGAAAGUUAAUACCUGGUGAGUGUGCAAUGGACCCUGCAUGCUAGUGGAGAGGUAACAUUUAGGUCUGUGUAGUACUUGAAAUUUUUAACCCUGUUCUAAUGUGCCCAUAUUAAUUUAUAGUGCAAGGAUAUAAGAGGUAUAAUGGCUUAUACCAUAUGUAUGGUAAGUGGGUUCUGCCUGUGUAACUUUAUUGAUGACUGCUGUCCACCAGCACAAAACCUGCAUACACACACUGAUUUAUAAGAUAUAUGUGGGGUUAAAAGGAAGAUAA